GGAGGCUCUCUUCGCAAUGAAAAAGAAGAAGGAGAGGGCGCAGGCCCAGAAGAAGGAGAAGACGGAGCCCUCGGGUCAAAAGCCCAUUGAUGAGGUUUUCCCGAAGGAGACCGCAGAGCCUUCAGUUGCUGCUGCUCCUGCUACUGCGGCCGGGGGGCCGAAGGCUGAUGUGGCAGCCAAGAAGAAAAAGGGGGGCAAGGGGGUGGAGCCCCCGAUCAAGAAGCAGAAGGUUGCCGGGGGCGCCGUUGAGAAGGCGGCCCCCCUCAUAGUGCUCGAUGAUCAGCCCUCCGCUGACCCCUCGGCAAUUGAUACUCCGAUGGCUCAAACAGACCUUCCCCCGGGGAACCUGCCUCGGGAGAUUAUUCGGCUCUCCCUCGCUCCGGGGGCAUCUGUAUUGCACGGUUCAGCCGAGCCGAUGUCUUUCCUGAGGGGGAUUACCUCGAUGAUGGACAAAGAAGCCCUCUCCACCUAUAACGAUGACGCCCUCGAAGCCAGGGCCCUUCGAUCAGCUCUGACUGCUUGUAUAACCUUCGGUGAGCAGGCCCGAAGGCGAGAGGAGUGGUGCCGUCAUAAGGCCGAGCUAGAGAAGUCCGUGAAGGAGCUGAUUCACGACAAGGACGCUGCCCUUCGGGAGGUGUGCAAGUUGGAGGACGCCCUUCGGCAAGCGGAGCUGCGGCUGAAGGAGGCCAGAGAUGACGGGAUAGCCGAGGGCAGGGCUGAGGCCGAGAGGGUUGCGGCCGAGGAGAGAAAACAAGCUGCCGAGGACGCCGAGAAGGCCAAGGCUGAAGCUGCUGCCAAAGCCCGAGAAGAGGCCAUUGCUGGGUUCACCUCCGAGGGCUGGAAGGCCGAGGGCCAGAGCGAGUGGGUGGCCUCUGUGGUGAAGGCCUCGAUCGAGGAGUGGGUGAGGGGCCCCGGGCUCGACUGGAUGAAUGAGAGGGGUGACACCUACUAUCAAGCUGGCGAGUUCUUCACCCAGCACCUGGUUUACCGGAGGCUCGCCCGGCAUUUUGGCACCUCCCUGGAUGAGUUCAACCCCUCGGUGUACGGCCUCCCCCCGUUGCAGCCAGAUGUGCGGGUCCCCCUCCCCGAGGGAGAAGAGCGCCCGGUGAUUCAUGAUUCCAUGAUGAUGGGCGUCGAUGAUGAUGCCGAGGACGCCACCGGGACGGAGGUUACCUCGAAGCCAUCGGGGGAGGGUGCCCCCGGGAAUGAUGUUGUUGAUGUGUAAUAUGCGCUUAGAAAUCUCUGAACACAUUUUGUAAUGAAUAACUUUGAUCCUUCGGCUUCGGCCUGUUUGUAAUUUCACACUCACUCUUGUUUUUGAUGAAUGCAUGCUGCCUCCGGGCUCUUCAUAUUUGAAUGCGCCUUAUGUUUUGAAUGUAUGCCUUCU